AUGACCAAUCAUGAUCAUCAUCAUUGUCAUGAUGCUCUUAAGAGGCUUCGUCACGAAAUCAUCGAUAAAUCAUGGCUUACACUCUCACUCCCAUACCAUCAUCAUGAUGAUGCUUCACUUUCAUGUCAUGCAUCACAACCAUCAUCAUCUUCAUCAUCAUCAUCAUCAUCAACACCAUCACCACCUCGGCCUCGGCCAUCACCGUUUGUCUACACGCCGUUAACACCUCCAACUCGCCGCCCUAUUCAAACAAUCUUUUUUCCACAAAUUCUCUUUCCAACUCUACAACUCUCUCAACCAGAUCCUGACCUAAUCAUCCCAAAAUUACCUCAUCAUACUUCAUCACUCUCUCAAGAUUCUCAUCAAGAAAAACAAGAACAAGAAGUACAUGUUUCUCUUCCUAAUACUAUUGCUAGUACUAGUACUAGCAAUGGCGCGGUGCUGAAACGACGCCAAAGUAAUCAACAACCAUCUUGUCCCGGGAAAAGGAGAAAACUAAAGACUGACACAAUACCACCACCGUUCCCUUGGGCGACAUCAAAUCGCGCCACAUUGCACACACUCGAUCACUUGCUAUCGGAAUUGAAGCUCAAGACUAUCUCAGGAACUCUUCAAUGCAAAUACUGUAUGUUUCAACAAGAAGUUCAACUUGAUUUGGUUGAAAAUUUCAAGAAAGUGACAGAGUUCAUCGAGCAGAAUAUACACGAAAUGCUGGAUCGUGCACCGGAUAUAUGGUUACAUCCGGUGCUACCAAACUGUGAGAGUUGCGGAAAAGAGAAAGCAAUGCAGCCAUUGAUUACAAAGAAGAGAAAUAUCAAUUGGUUAUUCAUGCUGCUGAGUCAAACAAUAGGGUGCCGCACUAUUGAUGAUUUGAAGUAUUUCUGCAAACACACCGGCACACAUAGAACCGGAGCCAAAGAUCGAUUGCUAUAUUCGACUUAUUUCGGUUUAUGCAAACAACUUCAACCAAACAUAGCCUUCUAUUCCUAG